GAGUACUUCCGGGUCAGCUGCCCGCGACUUCCUGUUUGUUGGCAGUGACGCGAGCGUCUGGCAGUUUGGAAAAGUUUCCGGCUUCCAAAGCAAAAUAUACAACAACGUUCUCGGUUUUAGAAAGCUGAUCGGUGUAUUGGUGAAAGACAAGGUUUCUAGUCUGUUCAGACGUUGUGCCAGAUAAACGAGGAUGGCAUCAACAAGUAACGCGCAGACUUUGGAUGAUGUCAGGAGAAAGGCAGAGAAGGGUUAUGAUGCGCGACCUAGAAGGAAAGAGGAAAGCUACAGGUGUAAGGAAUGCAGCAAACAGUUCAGUUAUCUUGGUAAUCUGAAGACUCACAUGCGUGCUCACACCGGUGAGAAACCCUACAGGUGUGAGGAGUGCAACAGGCAGUUCAGUAGGCAAGAUGAACUGAAGAUUCACAUUCGGACUCACACAGGUGAGAAACCCUACAGGUGUGAGGAGUGCCGCAAGCAGUUCAGUCAGCUGUGUAGUCUACAGAAACACAUGCGGACUCACACAGGCGAGAAACCCUACAAGUGUGAGGAGUGCACCAGACAGUUCAGUAGGCAAGAUGAACUGAAAACUCACAUGCGGACUCACACAGGUGAGAAACCCUACAGGUGUGAGGAGUGCAGCAAGCAGUUCAGUCGGCUGGAUGUUCUGGAAAAACACAUGCGGGCUCACACAGGUGAGAAACCCUACAAGUGUGAGGUGUGCAGUAGGCAGUUCAGUGAGCUGGGUGUUCUGAAGAACCACAUGCGUACCCACACAGGGGAGAAACCUUUCACGUGUGAGGAUUGUGGCAGGCAGUUCCGUAACCUAUGUAACCUUAAGACCCACAUGCGGAAGCACACAGGGGAGAAACCCUAUAAGUGUGAGGAGUGCAGCAAGCAGUUCAGUCGCCUGGAUCAUCUUAAGACCCACAUACGAGCCCACACAGGGGAGAAACCCUAUACGUGUGAGGAGUGCAGCAGGCAGUUUAGUCAGCUGGUUAGUCUGAAGAUACACAUGCAGACUCACACAGGGGAGAAACCCUACAAGUGUGAGGAGUGCAACAAGCAGUUCAGUCGGCUGGGUAAUCUGAAGACCCACAUGCGAACCCACACAGGGGAGAAACCCUAUAGGUGUGAGGAGUGCAGCAGACAGUUCAGUCAGCUGGGCAAUCUAAAGACACAUAUGCGGACCCACACUUGUGAGAAACCGUACACGUGUGAGGAGUGCAACAGGCAGUUCAGUAAGCUGUGUGCUCUAACGAGGCACAUGCAGACUCACACAGGGGAAAAACCUUACAAGUGUGAAGAGUGCAGCAAGCAGUUCGGUUUGCUAGAUCACCUAAAGACACACAUGCGGACUCACACAGGGGAGAAACCCUACAAGUGUGAGGAGUGCAGCAAGCAGUCCAGUACGCUGAGUAAUCUUAAGACUCACAUGAAAACCCACAGGAGACAAGUCCAACAGGAGUAGCGCCUUUGGUAUAUGGUUUAGGAUGACAAGUUUUGUUAUAAAGUCUUCUGAAUCUGAUGUAUAACAUGAGAACUGCAUUGAUGUUAGGGGAGGCUGAUUUGUGCAUGAGAGCUUUACCAGUGUAGGGAAUUAACAGAAGAACAAGUGAUGACAGGUUGACGAAGUUGUCUUUUUUCCUUUUUGUUUGCAUUUAUGGGACUACUUCUCCUAACUUACUUAACUGUAUCUUUUUAUUGCAGCAUGAAUGCUAUAGUUAAAGCAAAACAGUGCACGUAUAGAAACGCUUUAGCAUGUUGAUUCCUUAUACUGUAGCUUAAUAUACUUUCGUUUGUUAACAAAGUUGUUUUGUUAGAAGUAACAUUCACAGCUUAUAGCAAACUUCUUUGUUUAUUUACCAUUAGUUUUACUAUCUUGUACAGCACUUCUGUUGUUUUGCAUUUCUAUUUCUAGAACAUCUGUAUGUUGUUUGCGUUAACUGUAGUUGUUGUUAUUUUAGCAAAUUUUCCUUUAGAUGACAGUUCUACCUGUUGCUGGUUUGAAUUUGUCGAAAACUGAGGGGAACUUUAUGUAAAAGCCAUUGAUCGAUAAAACAGUAUUAGCAUUUUAUUUUAUUAAAAAUACAAUUUAGGAUAACAUAAUACGGUCGACUCGCUCAUUCGCUGUUUAUAUUGACGUAAUCAGAACAAGAUUAUCAUCUUGCGCACUGAUAUUUUAACCUGUUGUAGACUAGAAACUUUGCAUAGACUAGAGGUGUAGUGUUUAGUUUCAUCUGUUAUGUCUGUUAAAGUAAUUCAUUUUCUUCAAUAAAGUUGUUAAGUUUUA